AGCGGAUGGUCAUCUCUGGCGGCAACUUUAAACCUGACACCUUGAAGCCUAAGGAGGUGGUCUCUCUCCUCUUAGACGACGAUAUUGAACGCCAGUAUCGCGCGCGACAAGAGGAGCGGCGCAUCAUUGAGGAACAUAAGAUUGAACUCAAUCGCGAGAAGAUGCGCGAACGCAUGCGCAAGCGCUACGCUGAGAAGAAGUGGGAGAAGGAACAGGAGGAGAAGCGCCGGCGUCUCGAGGAAGGACUCGAUAUGGGUGAUAGUACACCGUUUAAUUCCUCGCCUGCCUCGCCUGCUCAUAGUGAGGUGUCUGUAACCACCAGCCUAUUGAUGGAUGACGUGAGUAACGAUGGCUUCUUGGUGGUUGAUGUCGAGUCGCCAGUUGCGCCCCCUGCCCCAGUGGCAGCGAGUGGCGUACUGGGGGCAGUAGCGAGCACAACCGCUUCUACCACCACUACUACCAGCAGCACCAGCAGCAGCAGCACCAGCACCACGCCUCCCCCCACCACCACCGCCCCAACCACUACCACCACCCCCGUCAGAGGCCAGAGGAAGAGAGGCCGGCCUAAAGGUUCCAGCUUGCGGGGCCGGCUCUCUAGGACCACUGAAGCCGCAGCUGCGGCAGCUGCGGCGCUGGGCUCAAUGCCGCAGUCUUCUGCUUGCUCAGGUGAGUCAGCUUGGCUGUGGUGGUUUCUUUCAGCCUGAUGCCCCUGUUCACCUAGCAGGGAAUUGGUGUACCUGUGAGUUAGUCAGCUGUCACGGACUGCUUCUUCCUGGGGGGGUGGAGGCCUGGUCGAG